AUGGCGGCACCGGCCAGUUAUUAUAAGGUAUAUAGAAAGAUUGCUUUGAAGCUGGUUAAGACUAACUGCAAGUUGAAUUUCCUUAAGGAAUGUGCUGAAAAGAAAGUAUUUCCAAUGUCCAUACAUAGGAUUAGCAUCCCGGUAGAAUGCUAUAUGUUAAAAAGAAGAUUCCAAGAGACAUGUUUACGUAAAUCUAUUAAGCUUGUAAAAAACAAAAGAUAUAGAAUUUUAAAGGAGUGUAUUGAGUUGGAAGAUACAAUAUAUCAAAAAGAUCCGCAAUUGUUAAAAGAAAUCAAUGAUAAGGUAGUAAGACUAACGGACAGGGUAACAAAUACCCUUGAAAAGAAAUAUUUCAAAAAAAUAAGGUGGAUUUUAAAGCAACAAACUCCCAUGGAGCGAAAAAGCAAUGUACCACCUUAUAUUCUAUGGGACCAGAUUAAGGUACCAAAAAAUGUGGAGAUGGUGUUAAAGAAUGGACCCAGUUACGUUCCAAAUAACAAGAACGAUUGGGAAACUACAAUGGCUGAAAUGGAAAGAGGUAUGGCCGGUCUUAAUGAAGUAGAAAGAGAUUAUUUUAGAUGGAAGAUGGUUUUCAGAAAAAAGGAAAGACACGAGGUGCUUUGUAGAGAAAAGUUAAAUAUAAAAUAUACAAAAGAUUGGCUAACAAAAAAUCAGUUGGUGUUAACAAAAGCUGACAAAACUAAACAAAUGGUGAUUAUGAAAAGAGGAAGAUAUAAUGAAGCCAUUAAAGAUUAUAUUAAGAAAACGGAAUGUGAUAUCGUAGACGAAAAGAUAGUAACAGUAACGAACAACAAGAUUAAAAAGCUAGAAAAAACGCCACUCGCGAAGUACAUGACGUUAUUAAAAAAGUCACAUAACCCAUGCCCCCGAUUACCCAGAAUCUUUGCGUUCGCAAAAACGCACAAGCAAAACAAAGAAAUUAGACCGGUGGUUGAAAAAUGCGGUGCACCAACCUUUAUACUAGAGAAAAGAUUAAAAAAGUAUAUAUAUGAAAGUUUGGAAGAUAGUGUGUAUGUGACGCAGGAUCCAAAUAAGUUGGUAAAAGAAUUACAAGGUUUGGCGUUGAUGAAUGAUGAAAUAGGAACGGUUAUGGAUUUUGAAAGCAUGUACCCUUCCAUGAAUUUAACAUCUUGUUUCAAUACUCUUGUUGAAUUUAUGGUACAGCAUAAUCCAGGAUUAACAGCGUAUAUGGAGGACUUAAAUAUAUUGGCGGAUUUGAUGUGUUAUCAGUCCUUUUUUACGUUCAAUGGGACGGUGUACAAACAAAGAAAAGGAGUCCCAAUGGGUAGUCCCAUGUCGGGACUCUUGUGCGAAUUAGUGGUACGUCAACUAGAAAAGGAGGUCCUAGGAAAAUUCAUGGAGGACAUUGUAAUAUACAAAAGAUAUGUAGAUGACGUGUUGAUAAUUUGGAAGGAUAACCGAAGAAUUGAGGAAUUUUUAAGUAUGAUAAAUAACAAUAAGCAUGGGUUAAAACUAAAGCUUGAACAAAAAAGCCAUACAAAUAUCCAUUUUUUAGAUAUUAACAUAAGAUUCAAACAAGGAUAUGUACAAACGGCAGUGUAUCUAAAACCCACACAUGCUCCACUAUAUAUCCCGGCAUGGUCUAAUGAUCCGAUUAAAUACAAAAUGUCUUCGUUUAGGUCGCUUAUUAAAAGAGCAUUCUUAUAUUGCACCAAUGUACAAGAUAGAAUUAGCGAGAUUAACAGAAUCAAGAAUAUUGCAAAAGGUUUAGGAUACAAAACAUCUACAAUUAAUGGUUUGGUCAAAGGUUACAAGCAAGGGACAAACAAACGGAAUAAGCCAAAAGAUAGGUUUAAUAAAUUUACAUACAACAGGAAUGUAGAAGGAAUAAUGGAAGAGUUGUGUAAAUAUAAGAGCACAAGAUCUAUUUAUAAAAGAGCGCCGAACAUCUACAAGUUACUAAGGAAUGAUAAGGACAAGAUAGGAAUGAAGGAAAAAGCUGGGGUUUAUAGAAUUCCUUUUGAAAAUCAACAAUUAGGAGUAGAAAAAGAUUAUGUGGGCGUAACCACAAGGAACCUGGCAGUUCGUUUAAAGGAGCAUAUGUAUGAUGUUAGUAAAGGGAACAACAACACUAUCUUGGCAAUCAUGGCGCAAACAGAUGGUGCAAGUGUUAAAUGGGAUGAGGCACGAAUUGUUAAACCGGUCCAUUCUCCGACUAUUGCCUUUGGCAUAGAAAAAAUGGAGAUUUAUAAGAGUAAGAUAAAUAGCAAGUGUCUAAACGCCAAGGAUGCUAAUGCUCUUCCAACGGCAUGGAAGUACAUAAUAGAAAAGGAAAUGGGGAUUAAAAACCCGUAA